UCUCCGAAAGCGUGUUGGUGCCCCAACAAUAAAAUAAAAUGAAUCACUUUUAUAUGACAUGUCAGAGGAAACGCACUGCAGCUGGGUUUAAAUCAUGAACCUCUCUUUUUUUUUUUAAAAAAUCUUCACUUCCUGUUCAGUUUUGUAACGAUGCGAUAGCAACUUAUGCAAGUUCCGAGUGAGGAUCAAUGGGAGCAAAGAGCGCUGAGGUCACAGGUCCUCUCCCCUUAGCCAAGAUGUCUGCGACACGGCGGUCGGUGAGCGAGGCCUUCUGGGCGAUGUGCGCGGCGGACUCCAUGUCCAUGCCGGUCCACUGGUACUACGACAUCAGUGACAUCAGGAAGGACUUCAGCGGCUGGAUAUCAGGCUUCAACUCGCCCGCAGACCGUCACCCGUCCAGCAUCCUCACCCUCUCCAACACAGCCGGCAGCGGUCGCACCACCUGGGUGUCUGGCGCAAAGCGGCCCGAUGUGGUCGGCAGUGUCAUCCUCCAUGAUAAGCUGGACUUGUGGAAGUCCUCAGGUGGAUCGGUCCACUAUCACCGAGGUCUUCAGGCUGGUGACAACACGCUGAACGUCCUCUGCUCCCUCCGAGCAGCUCAGACGCUCGUGUCCAGAGGUUUUGCGAACCUCUCUCAGCCAGACGCUCGUGCUGCCGUUCUGUCGGACUACAUCCAGUUCCUGACCACACCCGGCUCACACAAGGACACCUACGCUGAAUCCUUCCACCGCUCUUUCUUUGCAGACUGGCAGGAAAGCAAACCAACCUUACCGUGUGAGGUCCUGAAGUUUGCAGAGGAACGCUCCAGGAUGAAAAUGAGCUCCCCGUUCCCUGACAGCCAGCUGGAUGCCAUCGGCUGCCUUCCCAUGAUCCUACCCUUCAUCCUGCUGUCUGCCUCAGCCAAUGAGGAGCAAGCUGUUUCAGCAGCAGUGGAGUUCGUGAAGCUCACCCAUCCUCACCCGAAGGUGCCAGAGUACGUGUCGAUCUACAGCCGGGCGCUGCACGCCGUGCUGGGCGGGGCCAGUGUCCGCAAGCAGGCUGAGCACGCUCUGAGGAGGCUGGAUGCCUGGGACGCCUGCCAGAACUUCAGCCGCAAAGCCGCCAAGUUUCCUGUGUCCUCUGAGGAGAGACUCAAGGUGCAUCAGAGCGCCGUCAACUACCUCGGUCUGGCCUGCUACACCAAAGGAGCUUUGUCCAGCAUGUUCUACCUGGCCUACGAGUUUCAUGAUGACCCCAAAGGAGGAAUCCUGGCAAACACCAACUGUGGAGGUGAGAACUGUAACCGUGGGGCGGCGCUCGGGGCCCUGCUGGGGGCCGGAGGCUCCUACACAGGAAGAGGCAUUCCACAGGAGUGGAAGGACGAGCUGAGAGACGCCCAGGAGUUCAUCCCCGCCAUCCUGAAGAAGACCGAUCCCCCUGGAGGAGUGAAGAAGAACUGCAGCAGCAACUGUACUCAGACAGCAUUGUGACUACUUCCUGUUUACAAACACAAUGACUCCACAUUCAUACUUUUUGUUUUUAAUGGAUAAAACUCCUUAUUGUGUGCCUUUUAUUUUUUGUACUAUGGAAUAAAACCUGGAAACUUUUAAGGAACAUGAAACAUUGAACUGGUUUAAGUUAUAUAUCUAUUAUUUUUGCCUUGCUGUCAUUUCACCUGCAGCCUUUAAAUCAACGUAUGUUUUUGCUCACAUGGAAAAUAAACUCAGUGGAUUCAGUGA